UCAUUGAUCAAAGCGGAGAAUGAUCUGAACUACGACGAAAUCUACAAAAACAAUCUCGAAGUGAAAUCGUUGUAUAUCAAUAUUAACUACAACUUUCUACUAACUUCAUAGUGGAUGCUUCGAGCUUUGAAUAAAAUUAGGCAUUUGUAAAUUUGGUAAAGUUUGUUCCUUUUUUUAUGUGAGAUGAAAUUGAUUGUACAUAAAAUAUUUGUACAUUUGAUGAAUAUAUAUAUAUAUAGUGAAUUGUUAUAAGAAAUAUAAUUGUCAAAUAGAGAAUUUGAUAAAUUCUUUGACAAUUUAAUAUAUUCAAAAUAUACACGUGGUCCUUUGUUACAUUGUUUCCCGCCUAAACUAAUGGCAUAGCUGUUUUCUAAUAAUGAAGUCAAGAAAAAGACUAUUACAAAAAAUCCUUUUUUAUCUAUUGUUUCUCUGAACAAAGCUUUGUUAGUAAAUUGUAUUUAUAUGUGUAACAUUAAAUUGUUAAAAUGUCAAAAAAGCUUCCUAUUAGUCAAAGUACAGGAGUUCCAAAGUUGACAACAUUUUUUAAACGAUUGCAAAACCAGGAUAAUCUAACCUCUAGUACACCUAUUGAACAAAAUAUUACAAAAAGUUCAAAUGUGAAAUAUGAUAUUUCAAUUGAUUCUGACGAUGACAGCGAUAGUUUUAUUUCUUCAAAUAUAAAAAAAGAGCUUAAAGUGAUAGAUAAUAUAAAUCUUGAAAGCUCAAAUGAUUUACCAAAUCAAAGUACAUUUAAAGCACAAUCUCAAGAAAGUAAUUCUUCAGUUGUACAGUAUGUGGAAGAUUCUGUAGAAGAAAAAGAAAGGUUGGAAAAUAUUCAAAAAUCAACUACUUCUGAUAUAAAAGAUUCAUGUAAGAAAAAAAUUUUCUUUGAACAAUUAUCAGAAAGUGAGGACGAAUGUUCAAAAUUAAAAAUAUGUUUACGUUUAAAUAAUGGGUUAAAACAAACAGAAGAUAAAAAAGAAAGCCCAGAAAUACAAGAAAAUCCCAUUAGUAAUACAGAUAUGUCACUAUUAGCUGUUAAUAACAAGACUGCUACAAUGUCACCUGAAAUAAAUAAACAUAAUUCAUUUGAUAGCUAUAAUAAUCCUGAGGAAAUAAAAGAUAAUACAAAUGAAAAUUUAAUAAUGGAAAACGUUGUAAACCAAGACAUUAAAGACUAUAACAAAAGAAAUAUUAAAAAAGCUACAAAUAUUAUCAUAUCUGAUUCUGACAAUGAUAAUUCUGAUUCAAAAGAAACUGUUCAGAUGACACCAAGAAAGAAAUGGAUAGGUCCUGACUAUAAAUUGAAUUUAAAGCCUUUAGGUAUAGAUAAACAAUUAAUUUCUUGGAUUCAAUCAAUAAAAGAAAAACCAAUUAUGUCAUCUUUGCCCGGAACAGAAAAUGAAUUGGAAGAUAGACGUCAAGGUCUACAAGAUCUACAAAUAGAAAUUCUAGAAAAAUUUUUUGUGGCUAUGAGUGAAAUUCCAUUGCCUAUAUUAGAAAAAUUUCCCAAAUUUAAUGCAGACGCAUUUCAUAAAUUAAAAAUAUUUAAUCAGCAUGUUAAAGCAAAAUUACGUUUGGUAAAUAAAAAGCUAGAAAAUAUGCAAAAGAUGGAGAAAGAAUUAAGAUCUACAAUUGAUAAUCAACUUUUAAAUGAACCAGAAAGUCAUAGUCCUGUUUUUAAGCAACAUAACGUAGUCAAAAGUAGCCCAAUAAACUUGCACAAUUCAAAGGAUAGUAGUAUUAACCUUAGUUUUAACUCUUCUAACAAAGAAAUAGUAGGUCCUAGUGAAACUUUAGAUGGAUCAUUAAGUAUUACUAGAUCUUCUCUAAGUCCAUGCCAAACAGAUGAUACUGAAAAAGUAAAUGUGAAAACUUCUGCCAAUACUAAUUCACCUGUAGUAAGUACAAAUACUACUACAGCUACAAUGAGAAAAAGUACUUUUCAAUUAAAAAGACCUGUCAGAGCUACAAUAUGCACAGAAGUUACAAAAAAAAUAGGCGAAUUAUGGGAGAAAGAACAGCAACAAUCAAGACUAUUAAAAAUAAAAUCUGAUUCUGAAUGUGAUAAUGUUAGCUUUAAGUCAGAGCAAAAUGAAUUUGUAUAUCAAAAUAAAAAGGUUGAUUAUGAUUAUUCUAAAACAAAAGAAUUUCAACAAGAUGCACAACCUACGUUUAAUCAAAUGGAUGAUUGGAUUAAUAAUAGUAAAGAUUUUGAGGAUGAUCUAAUGGAAAAUAAGAGCAAAAGUAUUACUGAAACAUUUAAAAAAGAGUAUAAGCCUUCUGUAUCUUUAAAUGAUAGUUCUAAUUUAGAUUUAAGUUUAAGUAUGAAAGCAACGAGUAGCCCAGAAAAAAAGAAGAGUACUACUACAAAUAAUAAAAUAAAUAUAAAUUUAAAUACAUCCGUUUCUGAAGGAAUCUUUACAGGAAAUUAUAAAAAUGAUGGUAUUAGCGGAGAAUUCGAUGGUUUAAAUUAUCCUCAUUCUCGUGAAAUGUUAAAAAUCUUCAGGCAGAAGUUUGGUUUAUACUCUUUCAGGCCGAAUCAAUUGCAAGCGAUUAAUGCAGCGCUCCUUGGAUUUGACUGUUUUGUUUUGAUGCCUACAGGUGGAGGAAAAUCACUUUGUUAUCAAAUGCCAGCUCUUCUUGUACCAGGAGUUACAAUUGUUAUAUCUCCUUUAAAAAGUCUUAUUCUUGAUCAAGUACAGAAAUUGACUUCACUUGAUAUUCCUGCAGCACACAUGUCUGGCAAUAUAACUGAAAAUCAAUCAGCUGGAAUAUAUAGAGAAUUAUCAAAGAAAGAACCGGGCUUAAAAUUAUUAUACGUAACACCUGAAAAAAUAUCUGCUUCCCAAAAAUUAAGCAGUAUUUUAACAACUUUAUUUCAAAGAAAUUUAUUAGCACGAUUUGUUAUCGAUGAAGCACAUUGUGUAAGUCAAUGGGGACAUGAUUUUAGACCAGAUUAUAAGAAAUUAAAAUGUCUUAGAGAAAAUUAUCCUACAGUAUCAACAAUUGCUUUAACAGCUACAGCUACUCCAAGAGUUAGAACAGAUAUAUUGUAUCAAUUGGGUAUGACAAAACCAAAAUGGUUUAUGUCAAGUUUCAACAGACCGAAUUUGCGAUAUAGUAUAAUUGCAAAAAAAGGCAAAAAUUGUUCUGAUGAAGUUAUAGCUAUGAUAAAGACAAAAUUCAAAAAUCAAUGCGGCAUUGUUUAUUGUUUAUCGCGUAAAGAUUGUGACGAUUAUGCUUUACAAAUGAGAAAAAAUAAUAUUCAAGCUCAAAGUUAUCAUGCUGGAUUGACAGAUAAUCAGAGGAGUGAUAUUCAAGGACGUUGGAUUUCAGAAGAAAUGAGGAUUGUCUGUGCAACUAUAGCAUUUGGUAUGGGUAUUGAUAAGCCUAAUGUACGCUUUGUAAUACAUGCUGCUCUACCAAAGUCAAUAGAAGGUUAUUAUCAAGAAAGUGGACGUGCUGGUCGUGACGGAGAAAAUGCUGAAUGUAUAUUAUUUUAUAAUUAUGCUGAUAUGCAUAGAAUCAGAAAAAUGAUUGAAAUUGAUAAUUCGAAUCCAGACGUUAUAAAAACACAUAUGGAUAAUUUAUUUAAAAUGGUAUCCUUUUGUGAAAAUAAAACCGAUUGUCGUAGAGCAUUACAACUUAAUUAUUUCGGUGAAAUUUUUAAUCGGGAAAAAUGUAUUGAAAAUAAAUCAUCUGCAUGUGAUAAUUGUAGGUGUAAGGCGGAGUUUACUAUGUUGGAUGCAACAAAUCAUGCACGACAAAUCAUGAAAGCGGUACGAGAAAUUAAUCAGAAAAAGAAUUCUAAAUUAACUUUAGUAUUUCUUACGGAUAUUUUUAAGGGAAGCGAUUUAAAAAAAAUUAGAGAAUCAGGUCUUACAAAUCAUCCAUUGUAUGGUCAAGGUAAAUCGUGGAACAGAGGUGAUAUAGAACGUCUUUUACAUGAAAUGGUACUUAAAGAAUAUUUAAGAGAGGAAAUGUAUAUAAACAAUGAAAUCGCGUGCGCAUAUUUAAAACUUGGUCAUAAAGCGGCAGAAUUAAUGACCAAAAAAGACACAAAGGUGAUUAUUCCAAUACGUGCUGCAAAUAGUAGUUCAAAUGCCGUAGCAACUGUUUCUACAGUUACAACUAAAGUUAACAAAGUUCUACAAGAAUUGCAAGAACGUUGUUAUUCAGAAUUAAUAGGAAUUAUUAGAGGAAUAGCGGGUGCACUCGAUGUAUCUGCAUCGUCAAUCAUGAAUAUGAUAGCUAUAAGAGCCAUGAGUCAACAGUUACCUGAUAGUGAAGAGGCCAUGUUAAAAAUUCCCCAUGUUACAAAGGCGAAUUUUGACAAAUAUGGCAAAGCUUUAUUAGAUAUUACACAAAAAUAUGCAGCAGAAAAAUAUGUUUUAUUGAGUGAAGCUGAUGAGAAUUCAGCUAACAGUACUGAUGAAGAUACAAGUUCAUGGAACACUGCUACAAAUUCCUCUUAUUCUGGAAGUACAAGAGGUAGAUAUGGAAAUACACAAGGAAGAAAACGUAAAGGUUAUAAUAAUUAUCGUUCAAGCACUAAAAAAGCUAGAUAUACAAAUUCAAGCACACAAAAAGGAAAAGCAGCUUCAAAACGUAAAACUGCUGCAGCAAAGCCUACUCUAGGACUUGUAAGUUUUUCAAAGAAGAAAUAAUAUCUUAUUGUCAGUGACACAGAUUAGUGAUAUUAUUAUUAUUUUUAUAAAUUAUAUAUGUAAUUAUCUGUAUCAACUUUUGUAUUUGUAAGACAUUGUAUGACUAUUUUGUAUUAAUGUUAUGAUACAGUGUAUCAGUGAAUUUUUCAAAUUGGCGUUUUAGCCAUAUUAUAUGUAUUUCAAUGAAAACUGUUUAAUUAUAUAGAUACUCAAUAAAAUUUUUUAGCGGACUAAGUUAUCUGCUAUCGUAAA